AUGGAGGGCCCCGAGCUGCUGCGGCUCUGGGCGCUGGCAGGUGGGGAGGCGCCGUUCCAGGCCGAGUUCCUGGUGGGGAACCGGGACGUGGAGGAGCUGCUGCCCGGGGCGGCGCGGGAGCGCUUCCUGCGGGCCUCGGCGGGGCUGUGGCAGCGCGGGGACCUGCGGGUCACCGCCGUCACCUCGGCCCUGCACCGCGGCGCCCGCGCCCCGCUGCCCAUCGAGGGCCGCAGGGAGGGGGUGUACGUCCAGGUGGGCUCCCACAGCCCCUUCUCGCCGUGCCUGGUGGCCGCCGCGUCCCCGCAGAGCCGCGCCCGCUGCCAGCGCGGCCAGCGGCCCCUCGCCUCCUGCUACGACACCUUCGGCCCCCACUUCUCCAUCCGCUGGUGCAACCUCACCCUGAUCCCGAUUUCGGGACGCACACCCUGGUUUUGGGGUGAAGAUCCCGAUUUCGGGGCGCACACCCUGGUUUUGGGGCGAAGAUCCCGAUUUCGGGGCGCGCUCCCAGACGCAGCCGCGCUGCCGGGGACGGGCACCCCGAAAGGGCUCCGGGGGUGCCCCCCGGGCCGGGCUGACGGCGCCCGUCCCCGCAGCAUCCAGCUGUUCCACCACGGCUCCAUCCUGGGGGACACGCGGGAGCUGCGGCUCAUGGCCGGCCGGCGGGACGUGCCCCGGCCGCUCUCCACGCUGCCCAUGUUCCCGCUCCGCGCCGCUCCGCGCCCCGGCCCCGCGGGCAGCGCUCGGCCCGGGGCCCGCGCCCCGCUGCUGCCGCCCUGA